AGGGAGUUAGCGGCGUAUGAUCGAUCACCGAAUAACUCGAUUGGGUUUGUUUAUCCUAACUGACUCAAACACUUGGGAACACCGCCCGUCCGCGUCUAUUGGACCCGGACUCGAGACGAUACUACGAGGAGGGAGUUCCUGAGACCUGUGUCUGUCUGCCUGUCUGCCUGGCAGCGAUUACCACUAUCCUCAGACAAUCAGGAAGAUGGAGUUCCCCUGGCACAGUGGGAAGGUUCUGGAGCAGCUGAACCGUCAGCGAAAGCAGGGCCUGCUGUGUGACUGCACCUUUGUUGUGGACGGCGUUGACUUCAAGGCCCACAAAGCUGUACUGGCAGCCUGCAGCGUCUACUUCCGCACCCUCUUCUUGGACCAGAAAGAUGUGGUGCAUCUGGACAUCAGUAAUGCAGCAGGUUUGGGUCAGGUCCUGGAGUUUAUGUACACAGCUAAGCUGAGUUUAAGUCCACAGAAUGUAGAGGAUGUGCGGACUGUUGCCAGCUUUUUACAGAUGCAGGAAAUUGUGAACGCUUGCUCAGCGUACCAAUCAAUGGCAAAUCAAGCUCCAUCCCUCAUUACACUGGAUUUUGCUGUUGAUGAAAAACCAGGCGAAGGUGAGCAUGAAGAGGAGCUGGAAAGUGAUUUGGCAGACGUAGCUCUUCAAGCAGAAGAGCAGAGUCCUUCCAACACCCCCACAGAAGAUACAGAACCCCCGCAGAACCAGGAACAUUUAAAGGAAAUCAUCUCUACUGAAGAACAACACGAUGCUUCUCAGAAAAACCCCACCAAAUCCCAGGCAGGCAAAGGCCGACCAUCCAAAACUGCCACACUGUCUCCGCAGAAGAAAAUAUCGGUGAAGGAGGAAGAGAGCACUGCGCGAGAGGCUUCAGGAUUUCAGGACGACCCCUCCGACACCGACUACACACCCAAAUCGCAGUUGAAGUCACCUGGCAGCUCCUCCUACAUGAGCUCUAGAGGAAGAAGAAUCAGAAAACCUCCUCGACGAAACUUCCCACCUGACAAUGACUCAGAAGAUGAAGGCCCAUCAAAGAAAAAGACUGUGAGGAAGGUGGCAGAGCCGGCAGAAAUGGCGGAAGAACAGGAAGUUGACCCAGAAGUGGUUGGUAAUGGAGAAGCUGAUGAUGAUGAGGGUGUUGUGGAGGAAGAUGGAGAAGCCGGCCACCAGACAGGGGAAGCUGAUUCAAGCAGCGAGGGAGAUGGCAGACAAAGUCAGUCAGCGUCGAUGAGCAGCCGAUCAGAGUCAAAGCCCUACAGCUCAGUGACGCACAAGUGUGAGGAUUGUGGGAAGAAAUUUACACACACUGGAAAUUUUAAGAGACACAUGCGCAUCCACACAGGAGAGAAGCCAUUCAGCUGUCGGGACUGUAACAAAGCUUUCUCUGACCCUGCAGCUUGUAAAGCCCAUGAGAAAACACACAGCCCUCUGAAGCCAUACUGCUGCUCCACUUGUGGGAAGAGCUACCGGCAGAUCAGCCUGCUCAACCUGCACCGCAAACGCCACACAGGUGAGGCGCGCUACAGCUGUGAAAUGUGCGGCAAGUUGUUCACCACGUCUGGCAACCUGAAGCGCCAUCAGCUGGUGCACAGUGGUGAGAAGCCGUACCACUGCGACUACUGUGAAAAAGCCUUCUCUGAUCCCACCGCAAAGAUGAGACAUCUGGAGACGCAUGAUACGGAGAAGGGGAACAAAUGUCCUCACUGCGACAAACGAUUCAAUCAGCUGGGAAACCUGAGAGCUCACUUAAAAAUCCACAUCACGGACGGGCCUCUCAAGUGCAAGGAAUGUGGCAAACAGUUUACCACCUCAGGAAACCUAAAGAGACACCUGCGAGUUCACAGUGGGGAAAAACCGUACAUCUGUAUGCACUGUAAGAGAGCUUUUAGUGACCCUGGAGCUCUGCAGCGACAUGAACGCAUCCAUACAGGAGAGAAGCCCUGCAUCUGCCCAAUCUGUGGCAAGGCCUUCACCCAGGCCAGUUCACUCAUUGCUCACGUACGGCAGCACACCGGGGAGAAACCGUAUGUGUGUGAUCGCUGUGGAAAAAGGUUUGUGCAGUCCAGUCAGCUGGCCAAUCACAUCCGCCAUCACGACAAUGUCCGUCCACAUAAGUGUCAAAUGUGCAACAAAGCAUUUGUCAAUGUAGGAGACCUCUCGAAGCACAUUAUCAUUCACACAGGAGAGAAACCGUUCCUGUGUGAUAAAUGUGGCAGAGGCUUCAACCGGGUUGACAACCUGCGCUCUCAUGUCAAGACCGUCCACCACGGCAAGGCUGGCAUGAAGCGACUGGUCCUUGCUGGAGGUGGAGAAGAUGAGGGGAUGGAUGAGUGCGCUGCUGCAUCCACCUCUGAGAGUGAGAUCAACAUAGUUACGGUCACCACAGAGGAUAUCGUCACGCUGGCAACAGAGGCCCUGGCAGCAAGCGCUGUCGCCCAGCUGACAGUUGUGCCAGUGGCUGCUUCCGUGUCUGCAGAUGAGACAGAAGCUUUGAAAGCUGAAAUUACAAAGGCUGUGGAGAAAGUGCAGGAAGCAGAUCCAAACACCCAGAUCUUGUACGCUUGUGAUUCAUGUGGGGAUAAGUUCUUGGACGCCAGCUCCCUCGCCCAGCAUGUACGCAUCCACACAGCUCAGGCCUUGGUCAUGUUUCAGGCAGACUCUGAUUUCUACCAAUACACCACAGCGAACACUGCAGAGGCAGACUCUGCCCCAGCAUGGCAACCCACAGCUGAACAGGUCAUUCAGGAAGGAGAGCUGAUCCUACACGCCCAGAAUGGAGGAGGGGAAGGAGGGAUGGAGGAGAGACACAAGAAGAGGGAUCAGGAAGAGGAUUUAUCAGAAGGAAAUCCACACUGAAUCCACAGGGAAAGGAUGAAGAAGAGGGACGGGGAUGCCAGAAUCAGGAAUAGUGAGGCAGAUUUUUAAUGUGUAUGAACUUUACUUGCAAGACAAUUCUUUAUGUGAGAAAAGUAAGUCAGAUUCAUUACUUAGACUCCUUUUGAAACAAUUCUAUGUAAGAGUGUAUGCUCAUAAACCAUGUUUUUGCUGCCCUUAGAACUUAUUUGUAUAGUUUGGUUAUUUUUAGACUUAAAUACAGGAAUAUGCAUUGUUUUUGUAUAAAAUAUUUAGGUUGUGAUUGUGUCUUACCUAAUCUAACUUGAAGAGGAAACUUGUGUUAUUUUUCCAUGUCACCAAGAUGAGAUAUGUAAAUAUAUUUCCUUAAACAGUCUAUAUUUAAAUAUUUUAUUGUACUUAGUUGAAGUAUUUUCAUGAAGAGCAGAGAUAUCUACUUGAACGUGAGGGGGUACUAUAGAGUUAAUAAGAGGCUAGAUAACAUUUCCUCUUUUUUCCAGAGUGGGAUGUCUCGUAUUUGUGCACUAGCAAACACUGUAAAGCUGUGCAUGUGUAAUAUUUGUAUAUUGAUGUUUUCUUUUAAAACGUCUUAACACCUCUAAUGCAACAUAGAGUACAUGAUGAUGACAAACUAGUCAAUUUUCAGCAUCUGUUUUUGGUAAUAUUGGCUUGAAGGUAACUCCCUUAACAUCCACAACAUGUCCUGAUGAAUACCACUUCAAUUAUUUUCAUCACCUGGUGAAUAAAGCAUCUUA